AUGGAUGGAGUUAUACCUAGUUCCAUCUCAAAUUGUUCCAGACUUACUUAUUUAGGUAUUCAACAAAAUGAGUUUCGAGGUAUAGUUCCAGACUCUCUUGGUAAUUUAAGAUCAUUGGAAUGUCUCGGCCUAACCGCAAACAAUCUCCAAGCUGAUUCAUCGUUGAGAUUCAUCACGUCCUUGACAAAUUGUAGAAACUUAAGAGACUUGUGGAUAAGCCAGAAUCCGUUAAACGGAAUUCUUCCAUCUUCUAUUGGAAAUCUUUCCACCACUCUAAGAGAUUUCCAGGCUUCUAACUGCAAACUGAAGGGAAGAAUUCCAAAAGAAAUUGGAAACUUGAGCCAAUUAAUGAAGUUGGAAUUGUGGGGCAAUGACUUGAAUGGUUUCAUUCCAUCAACAAUAAGAGGGUUGGAGCAACUUCAGGGAUUAUAUUUACAGCGAAAUAAGAUUGAAGGAUCCAUUCCAGAAGGUCUUUGUCAAAUGCAAAACUUGAUGGAUUUGUACUUGGGCCAAAAUUAUCUUAGGGGGCCAAUUCCAGAGUGCCUUGGGAGUGUUACUUCAUUGAGGAAUAUCUUUGUAGGUUUUAAUAGAUUAACAUCAACAAUACCUACAAAUGUUUGGAACCUCAAAGACCUCUUACGGCUUGAUGUGUCAUCAAAUCACUUGAACGGGUCGUUGCCCCUGGAGAUGGGGAACCUACAAGCUAUAACACUUUUGGACCUGUCGAACAAUGAUCUCAUGGGAGAAAUCCCUAAAUCUGCAGGAGGAUUGCUGGCCUUAACCAAUCUUUCCUUAGCAAAUAAUAAAUUUGAAGGACCGAUUCCUGAACCAAUGGGUAGAAUGUUGAGCUUGGUACUGCUAGAUCUUUCUCAUAACAGGCUCUCCAAGGAAAUCCCCAAAAGCUUUGAGACACUCAAGUACCUCAAGGAUUUCAAUGUGUCUUUCAAUGAGUUAAGUGGAGAAAUCCCAACUAGUGGCCCAUUCAGAAACUUCACGGGUUAA